CCGGGUCGGGCGGCCCAGGGCCCCACCUUCCUAUUUCUCCCCGGCCACAGCCCGCCCAUCACAGUUGAGCAGCUGUUUGCCUGAAGUUAAUUUCCAGAGGCAGGAGGCCCCAGGGCUGGCCAGGGAAUGAACCGCGAGGGGGCUCCCGGGAAGAGUCCGGAGGAAAUGUACAUUCAACAGAAGGUCCGAGUGCUGCUCAUGCUGAGGAAGAUGGGAUCAAAUCUGACGGCCAAUGAGGAGGAGUUCCUGCGUACCUACGCGGGGGUGGUCAACAGCCAGCUCAGCCAGCUACCCCAGCACUCCAUCGACCAGGUUAACAAGCACAAACCAUGGCUUGAGCCCACCUAUCAUGGCAUAAUCACAGAAAAUGAUAAUGCAGUGCUCCUCGACCCUCCUCUGAUUGCCCUGGAUAAAGACGCACCUCUGCGAUUCGCAGAGAGUUUUGAGGUGACAGUCACCAAAGAAGGUGAGAUUUGUGGAUUUAAAAUUCAUGGGCAGAAUGUCCCCUUUGAUGCAGUGGUAGUGGAUAAGUCCACUGGUGAGGGAAUAAUUCGCUCAAAAGAGAAACUGGACUGUGAGCUGCAGAAAGACUACACAUUCACCAUCCAGGCCUAUGACUGCGGCAAGGGGCCGGAUGGCACCAGCGUGAAAAAGUCUCAUAAAGCAACUGUCCAUAUUCAGGUGAACGACGUAAAUGAAUAUGCGCCAGUGUUCAAGGAGAAGUCCUACAAGGCGACCAUCAUCGAGGGCAAGCAGUACGACAGCAUCCUGAGGGUGGAGGCCGUGGACGCGGAUUGCUCCCCUCAGUUCAGCCAGAUUUGCAGCUAUGAAAUCGUCACUCCAGAUGUGCCAUUUGCCAUCGACAAAGAUGGUUAUAUAAAAAACACAGAGAAGCUAAACUACGGGAAGGAGCACCAGUAUAAGCUGACAGUCACUGCCUAUGACUGUGGGAAGCGAAGAGCAGCGGAAGAUGUGCUGGUGAAGGUCAGCAUCAAGCCCACCUGCAGCCCCGGGUGGCAAGGAUGGAACAAUAGGAUCGAGUAUGAACCUGGCACAGGCACUUUGGCCCUCUUCCCAAAUGUCCACCUGGAAACGUGUGAUGAAUCUGUGGCUUCGGUGCAGGCAACGGUGGAGCUGGAGACUGGCCACAUCGGGAAAGGCUGUGACCGUGACACCUACUCGGAGAAGUCCCUUCACCAGCUAUGUGGUGCUGCGUCUGGCACUGCCGAACUGCUCCCUUCCCCAAGUGGGUCUUCGAACUGGACCGUCGGCCUCCCCACUGACAAUGGCCAUGACAGUGACCAGGUCUUCGAGUUCAAUGGCACGCAGGCAGUGAGGGUCCCAGAUGGCAUUGUCUCAGUCAACCCGAAGGAACCUUUUACGAUUUCUGUGUGGAUGAGGCACGGGCCUUUUGGCAGGAAGAAGGAGACGAUUCUUUGUAGUUCGGACAAAACAGACAUGAACCGGCACCAUUAUUCUCUCUAUGUCCAUGGCUGCCGGCUGAUUUUCCUCCUCCGUCAGGAUCCUUCGGAAGAGAAGAAGUAUAAACCUGCGGAAUUCCACUGGAAGUUGAAUCAGGUCUGUGAUGAGGAGUGGCACCACUACGUCCUCAAUGUAGAAUUCCCAAGCGUGAUUCUCUAUGUGGACGGUGUUUCUCACGAGCCCUUCUCUGUCACCGAGGAUUACCCACUUCAUCCAUCCAAGAUCGAAACUCAGCUCGUGGUUGGGGCCUGCUGGCAAGAGUAUCCAGCAUUUGAAAAUGACAAUGAAACCGAACCUGUGCCUAUGGCCUCUGCAGGUGGUGACCUGCACAUGACCCAGUUUUUCCGAGGUAAUCUGGCUGGCCUAACCAUCCGUUCUGGGAAACUCGCGGACAAGAAGGUGAUUGACUGUCUGUAUACCUGCAAAGAAGGGCUGGACCUGCAAGUCCCUGAGGACAGCAGUAGAGGCGUGAAGAUCCAUACCAACCCCAGUCAGUUGGCAUUGACCUUGGAGGGAGACGAUGUUGGGGAGCUGGAUAAGGCCAUGCAGCACGUCGCCUAUCUGAACUCACGGCAAUUCCCCACACCUGGGAUCCGAAGACUCAAAAUCACCAGCACGGUCAAGUGUUUUAACGAGGCCGCCUGCAUCUCCGUGCCCCCAGUGGAUGGCUACGUGAUGGUGUUGCAGCCGGAAGAGCCCAAGAUCAGCCUGAGUGGGGUCCACCAUUUUGCUCGAGCGGCUUCUGAGUUUGAAAGCCCAGAAGGAGUUUUCCUUUUCCCCGAGCUUCGGAUCAUCAGCACCAUCACAAGAGAAGUGGAGCCUGAAGGGGAAGGGGACGAGGACCCCACAGUUCAAGAGUCGCUGGUGUCUGAGGAGAUCGUGCACGACCUGGAUACCUGCGAGGUCACGGUGGACGGGGAGGAACUGAACCCAGCCCAGGAGAGCCUGGAGGUGGACAUGGCCCGCCUGCAGCAGAAGGGCAUUGCAGUGAGCGGCUCCGACCUGGGCAUGGUCUUUACAGGUGUGGACACCAUGGCCAGCUACGAGGAGGUUCUACGCCUCCUGCGCUAUCGGAACUGGCACACCAGGUCUCUGCUUGACCGGAAGUUCAAGCUCGUCUGCUCGGAGCUGAAUGGCCGCUAUGUCAGCAACGAGUUUCAGGUGGAGGUGAACGUCAUCCACGCGGCCAGCCCCAUGGAGCACGCCAGCCACAUGGCUGCCCAGCCGCAGUUUGUCCACCCGGAGCACCAUGCCUUCGUUGACCUCUCGGGUCACAACCUGGCCAGCCCCCACCCGUUCGCAGUUGUCCCCAGCACCGCCACUGUUGUGAUCGUGGUGUGUGUCAGCUUCCUGGUUUUCAUGAUUAUCCUGGGAGUGUUCCGGAUCCGGGCUGCACAUCAGCGAACCAUGCGGGACCAGGACACCGGGAAGGAGAAUGAGAUGGAUUGGGAUGACUCUGCCUUGACCAUCACUGUAAACCCUAUGGAGACAUAUGAGGACCAGCACAGCAGUGAGGAGGAAGAAGAGGAGGAGGAGGAAGAAGAGAGUGAGGAUGGGGAAGAGGAGGAUGACAUCACCAGUGCCGAGUCGGAAAGCAGCGAGGAGGAGGAGGGGGAGCACGGGGACCAGCAGAACGUGAACAGGCAGCAACAGCUAGAGUGGGAUGACUCCACCCUCAGCUACUGAGCCACGAGGCCGCCCCCCCACCUGCUUCCUGCUUCAGGAGACUCUGCCGUCACGUGUCCUCCCGUCCCCAGGGUCCACGGUGUACAAAUUCAUUCUGGCCAGUAGGUCUACAGACCCUCCCUGUCGCCGCCCACGCGCCUGUGCUUGGUGUGUAGGCCCCCCCACCCCGCUCCUAAGUUAUGUGGGAAACUGCUGCUCGCUCCCCACGGCUCACGCUGUGCGGCCCCCUCGCGCCUCUGGAGAAGCUGCGAUGACCGGACUCGUUGGCAAAGGGUUCAAAUUGCUCACUCCCACCUCGUAAUCCUCUUCUCCCUUUUUUUUUUUUUUAAGUUUUUAUUUUUUUCCAAACUAGUGCAUGUAUAAAAUGGCAGAAUGGGGGUUAAAUAUGUAGAUGACAAACUGACUUUUUAAUAUUUUGUAAAUAAAGUGGGAUUCCUCGUGUCCUCCGUGCUCGUGUCACCCAGGACUGGCAUGCCAAGUGAAGCUUGAAACACAGCGCAGGAGAGACCCCAUGGGCUCCUGCCCCACCCUUGCCCCGAGAGGAGAGGGGGCUGCCCUGCUUGGGCCUUGCUGGGUGUACCCCCUCAGCAGGGUAGCAGGCAGUUAGGGGGCACAGACUUGCCGCCACCCCCCCUGCUGCUCAGCAGGAGGGCACUGGAUCAGGGACCCCACUCUGGAGGCUGGAAAUGGCCGGGGCUUUCUUUUGGGAUUCUUCCCAUUUCUGACUUGGCAGAGGGGAGAGGGUGCCCGGGUCCCUGGCCUCACACACUCCUCCAAUGACCGGCAGCUCCUUGCGCAGGAAGCUGGACUCCUCGUGCGCAGCCUUGGGUUCACACCGACUAGAUGUCCGUUGCCCUGCUGGUGAGUGUACGUGUGGAUGGUGCAAAGCGUCUGGCCACCUGGUUUGGAAUCAGAACCCACCUGAGGGGUCCAUACUCAGAACGUCUGAGGACAGACACGCUCCCAAGGACGCCCCGUGGCCCAAAGGCAAAGUGCCAGCUUUCCCUCCAGCAGCCCCAGAGGUAAGCCCCACUCCCCAGGAGUGAGGAGCCCUGCUGCUCGGCCUGGCAGGGAAGGAAAAGGAGAGGACAAGUCAUGAGCUAAAACCCCUAUGGCACUUCAUUUUUAAUUUACAUGUAAAAUUUUAGAUUUCUAAAACUGGGGGAAAAUAAUUUUGAAUACUGUUCUGUGAUCAUAACUGCUAGUUUCGAGGACAAUGCAGCUGUCCUGCGUCGUGUGUGGCCAUCCUCAUGUACUGUCACUGUAGCUGCUCUGUGUAGACAAUGAUAGAUGCUAAUGCGGACUCCGCGUGGUGUCACUUUCCAGAUGUGUAUAUUGAUGAGGUCAGAACGUGUAUACACUACAAUAAAGUGCUGGUUCUAACUCCAGUGGCA